UUCUGCAUUGGGCCUUGUGUUCUCUGCUAUGGAUCCAAUCGAGCUUCGCACCGCCGACGGGCUUCAACUCGGAUCCGUCAAACUGUGGAGAUUCUUGACAUGCAGCAAUGCAUGCUUGGCGAGAGCAAAGUCUCUAUACACAAAGAUGUGAAGAAGGGAGUAUGCCUUCGAGCCUCUGUCAAUGUGAAAGCUGGAGAUGUUUUGUUGCGCGAAGUACCGCUUCUGAGCACGCCAACAGCAAGCGAGAAGUUGAAGAAGAGCAUAGAUGAAUUCUGCAGGAUCAUUGAAGGAGAAGAUCGCCUGUUGAUUUUGCUGUCACGUCGAUAUAUUCCGCCCUUGUGCGCCUUUGCAGAUGCUCCAGCACAGCUUCGGGAAGCAGUUCUCAGCUUACAAUCAGACUUUGCCGUUUCUGACAGCAAGAUCGCGAAAGCGGCACGGCGCUUAGCCAUCAUGUUUCACCGCUCAGGAUUGUUCUCCACCUCUGGCGGAUUGGUGAAGGUUAGCGUUUCCAAAGAACACAUUUCUUUAGUUCUGAAUUUGCUGAUCAUCAACUCCGCGGACACGUUGCCAGAUGGAUCUGAAGCUGUGUUCUACAUGGGAGCCAUGCUUGAACAUUCCUGCUCGCCCAACGCUAGAUUUUGCAUUCGCUCCUGGGAGCAGGAUGCUGCUCCAGCGAAGCAGCUUUGGAUUGGUGAAUGGCAAGCGACCAAAAAUAUUGCGAGCGGUGAGCCUGUGACGACGAGCUGCUUGGCAUCUCAGCAUCUUCCUUUUUCAAGGCAGAGCAAGAGAUUUCUCUGGGAUGUGCUGAACUUUGAUGGUGUUCCAGUUCGAGCUUUCCAUCCAGAUGGGCCCUGCCUUCUUUGACUCUAAACGAUGAACCAAGGCUAUCUCGAGCCAGAGUUGCUUGAAAGACCUGCGCGUGAGCGUGGCCACGUCUUGUUAGCCAGGAUGGGGUUCAACUGUGCCUGCGAUUCUUGCUCUCAAGAACUGAGGCCGCCCAGCAUUGACUUGAGCGAAAUGGAUUGAGGCCGUGCGCCAGAGAAAUGAUUAGCUGGAAGAAGGA